AUGGACCUCCUGCGGAUAGUCGCCCAGUCGCGCAUCUUUGCGCCGUUGACGCUCUUUGUCACGCUGCUCUUUGCGCCGCUGCCCUUCUCGGUGCCGCGCCUGUCGCUACCGAUGCCGCAACUUCUGGCACUCCCCUCACCGGCGGACAUCAACCACUUGCUGGAUGGAGCGUCGCGUGAGCUGGCCGUGUGGAUCCCCUCACCGAAGACCAACUUCACCUUCGCCGAUCUGGUGCAGGACAUUGUUCAGCGCCUGCGGCCCUACUUCGAGCCCCUUCCCCGGGGAGACUAUGAUGCCAGGGUGGCCCAGGAGGCUGGUCGGUCGACCGACCCGCAUCCCUCGGAGGAGGAGGAAGCCGCCAGCCAGGCGGCCUACGGGACGCCGAGAGAGGCCACUCACGAGGUCAACCAGUCUGCCGAUCCCCCAGCCGGGGAGUCCGAUAUGAUUCCGUCUUCGGAGGAGGAGGAGGAGGCCGCCGCAUGCGAGACUGAUGCCCCGGGGGAGGUCCCCGUCCCGGAGCCCGACACGUCGACCGACUGCGAGGCUGACGAGCCGGAGGUUGUGCAUGAGGAGUCGCCGGCCAUGUAUGAGGAGCCGGGGAUCACCCCCGAGGCCGCGCCCGAGGAGCCGCCCGAGGAGCCCCUCGAGGUUGUGCCUGAACAAUCGACUCCCGAAGAACCUGUGGUUGAAAUUCCUCCUGAGCCUGAGCCUGAGCCCGAGCCUGAGCCUGAGCCUGAAAUGUCCAGCGGCUGCACGACUGCCGAGCCGGAGGUAAUUCCCGCCCCACAUACCCCCUCGAAGGCCGCGGCCGCCCAGCCAGUUGUUGCAUCGCCUAGUCGGGAGGAAUUCGACAUGUUGACUGCCGAGCAAAAGGAUCUGCGUGUGUUGCCGCUUGCCUCCAUUGGGCUGAUGAUUGUCUGUGCUCUGGUUAUCUUCGCCAUCCUCGGCCUCCUCUUCGGUGGGCGCGGCUGA